AGUUGCAAGGUCAGCAAUGUUGUCAGUGCGUCUCAUCAUCUCGUUGCUAAUACUUCACUGCCAACACUGCUAACUUCAGCAUAUUAACUCUUGAAGUGUUAAGCACAACGUUUGAUAAAAAGCUAAUAUAUUUUUUCGUGGAUACUUGAGUGACUACAGAAUGAUAAUAUUGGGUAGAUAGUGUGAGGAGAGGCAGAUCGUCCACAUCAUUCUCAAGGAACAAUGAAUAACAGUGUUGAGUGUUGGCUGCGCCCAGAUCAUCUUCAAGUAAACAUAGCGAGAAGAGUGACGCGUUGUGUGUCAUAUCUUCUUAUCUAAUAAGUCAAAAAUCAUAUUUGACGUAAAGUUCACUGAAAAAAUCACUGGGAUGGUCAACAAGCUGUAAUGAUAUCCCCUGAGAUGUAUAGGAAGCUCCCUCAGCAUUAUCUACACAAGCAUCAAUAACACUGUCAGCAUCACCAUCUGCUCCCUCAGCAUUAUCUACACAAGCAUCAAUAACACUGUCAGCAUCACCAUCUGCUCCCUCAGCAUUAUCUACACAAGCAUCAAUAACACUGUCAGCAUCACCAUCUGCUCCCUCAGCAUUAUCUACACAAGCAUCAAUAACACUGUCAGCAUCACCAUCUGCAUAAAUACCAAGUUUCAGCAGCAGUAUUAUUUGCAGAAAUGUCAGCAGUUUAGUAAGCAGACUUGUCCGUAAAAGGUAUUUGGAGCUCUGUUAGUAGCAUUUUCUGCAAAAUAAAUAGUAAUGCCACCAGCAGCAUUUUCUACAGAAGUAGCUUAGACAGCAACGUUAUCUGUUGUAGUGUCAGGAGACCUGUCAGCAGUAUUAUCUCCAGAAGUAUCAGAAGACCUUUUAGUGGUAUUUUCUUCAGAAAACUCGGAAACUCCGUCAACAAAAUUACUUGCACAUUAUCAGUAAGACAGUCCGCCGCUUUAGUGGCAUCAGCAUUAUUUCCAAAAGUCUCAGAAGCUCGGUCAGCAGUGUUAUUUACAUAAGAUAAAGAAGCUAAAUCAAAAACAUUAUUUGCAUAAGUACCAGAGUGUUCGUAAGCAGCAAAAUUAGAAGGAGCAACUGGUGCUCAACCAGCAGUAUCAUCUACCGAGGCAGGAAGACAUCAGCCAGCAACAUUUGUUGCAGAGGCAGGAACAGCUCUGCCAGCAACAUUUGUUGCAGAGGCAGGAACAGCUCAGCCAGCAACAUUUGUUGCAGAGACAGAAAAAGCUCUGCCAGCAACAUUUGUUGCAGAGGCAGGAAGAGCUGAGCCAGCAGCAUUAGUUGCAAGAGUAGCUCUGUCAGCAUUAUUAAAUCUUAUGAAUUUUCUCCUCAUGUACUAUGGCUUCAAUAACUAAGGAGGAAAAUAAUGGCUUCAGAGUUAUUAAGUCUUUGAAUUUGUGUGGUAGGCGCGUGCUGCAUACCACGUUCUCCUGGGGAACCCCAGAUAAACCUUCUUGUAUAAAGUUGGAUGAUUACUUAAAUAACUUGCAUCAUACAUCUUCAGCAAACUACUUAAAAGUCCCAAGAAGUCAAAAAAGGUUUAAUAAAACGCAAAAGAAAUUGAUUAAUAUGAGUCCAGAUGGAACAGAGUUUGACAUCCCACUGCUCUAUCUGAGUAUCAAACUAGCGUGUGAAAAUGUUGCUGCUUUCAGUGAUCCAAAAUGGAUCGAUGAGAGUACAGAAAUGGAGUACUAUAUUACUGCUAUAAACAACGUGCGGAACGUUGCUGUUCACACCCAACUUGCAGUUCCUGAUGAUGAUUAUCUUGAAAUUAUAAGAAAGCUUCGGGAACUGUUAACUGGGUGUCUUAAGGCAUCCGGAGAGCGCUAUGGGCAAAAUAUGGCUGAAGUGGACAAGGAGAUCAAGCAAAUGAAUGAUAACUUGGAUUAUAUCAUGAAUGAGAUACUCGGAGAAGAAGAUAUAAUAAGGUUUUGUAGCGAUGAUAUAAAACAGAUCAUCAUUAACGACAGUUGUGAAAAACUGAAUGAGAUCUUCCAAAAGAUCGUUUAUAUCGACCCAUUGUCUUUUAUCAACAAAAACUUAAAAAUUAGAGUGGACAAAAUUUUUGUCAAUAUCGACAUUGUAAAAGGACAUCCUGUAGAAGAUGGUUCGCAUGUUGACUUUUGUGAACUUUUCAAACUUGUCCAGACUACAUCUGUGCCAUCAUCUGUAAGUUGUGUCACUGAGCGACCUCAAAUACUCCUAUUAGAAGGAUUGGCAGGGAGUGGCAAGACCACGCUAGUGACCCUGGUAAUACAGGAAUGGAUACAGGGAGGUCAAAGCCAAAUAAAAGGCUUAGAUAAUUAUGAUCUGCUGCUAUGGGUACAGUGCAGAGACACUACCAUGAACUCCUUCCAGGAUCUCCUAGACCGCCUGAUAUCAGAUGUUUCAGCAAAAUUCAGGAAAGUUUUACCUAGAAUAAUAAAGCUUUGUAAAGUCCUAAUAAUAGUUGAUGGUUUGGAUGAGCUUAAUAACAACUCCAGAUCAUUACUCCAAAGUCUUUUAUUCGAAUUUCAGAAUUCUUCUUACACAACUUUCAUGUGCACCUCAAGACCUGAAAAAAUCGAAAUGUUUAGGAUGUCGACGUUGGUUUUUGAGUCGACUUGGUUUUUGAUGUCGAUUUUGGAUUUUGAUGUUACCGUUGGUUUUGAUGUUGAUGUUGAUUUUGAUGUUGACGUUGGUUUUGAUGUUGACGUUGGUUUUGAUGUUGACGUUGGUUUUGAUGUUGAGGGUUGGUUUUGA